UGUAUCUUACAAAUGAAGCGAAGCUUCAAUGCCAUGAAUAUUAAAAUAUUUCGUAAUUACGAGUCAUGUGGGUGCACACGUAGAAUCAAGAAUAUACUAGCAUUAUUGCUGCCAUUUGCGUUAAUACAAUCUUGCUUAUGACAAUCGGAUCUAGCGCAGUCAAGUAUGCACACGAUUGUAAAUAUGUUUAUCAAAAUUUGUUUCUUCGUUUCUCUGAUAAGCGCAAGUGUCAGUGUAUACACGACAAUUAGCAGUAAAGCUAAUAAUAUUACGUUCAAGUAUAUGAAAGGAGUUGAAGGAGAAAGCGAUUUACACAACUGUGAACCUUACGAGGUAUGCAAUGUAAUUCAUGAUCGAUUUUGGAUGCCUAGAUUAACGGAAAGGCUUUGUCACUGUCCCAAUGGGAGCGAGUGUCCGUGGCAAUGGACACAAACUUUUGAUAAUUCAACCAUGUUCCUCAAUAAUAAAUCCAUUCUGAAGUUCUGUACGCAAUUCACGGAAUUGGAGACAUGCGCGCACAAACAAGAGGCAGUGAUAGUACAUGGAGAAGGUGAUACAAAUAAUAAUUAUAUAAUACCGUACAACGUGACAAUGAAUUGCGUAUGUCCGCAAACACAUUACUGGAAGUUGCAAAAAUACACGUACAAAGAACAUGGUACAAAGAAUAUUGUUCAAAUAUUCAGAUGUGUCAAGAAAAGAAUGUGUGAAACUUUGGAGUUUUGCGGCUACAUACGAUCUGAUCUAUAUUCAACAUAUUAUAGAUGUACAUGUCCAGAAAAACAUUUAUGCGUUUUCAAAAAUAAGACACAAGUAAAUGUACAGGAACUGCUCUAUUCUGGACCUGCUUAUAUGGCUUAUUGUUAUCGUUAUUAAAUAUAUAAAACUACUAUAAUUUAAUAAAUG